GAGAAGCAGUUGAGUUAGCAAGAAAGUACCUGAGAAAGGUGUGUCAACGAAGUCUCAUUCACUUCCUUGUAACUAUAUAAAGCUGACUAAACUUAAUCUCGCUUCAUUCGACAAGCUAUAGUGAAUGGUACAUUACAAAUGAUGCCUUGUGGAGGAGCUGAUCAAGGGGCUAAUGAAAAAGGAAAAGAUCGGAAAAAGUCAUUAACAUCGAAGAUAAAGGAAAACAAAGUAUCUAUCAUCGUUGUACUAGCAGUAUUAUGUGCAGUGAUCAUUGCUAUUGCUGUAGCAGUAACUCUGAAACAAAGUAAAGUACAAGUUCAGACACCAGCUUCUAAAUUUCACCAUGCCUUGUUUUACCUAAAAACAAAGGGUUACAAAGAGUUGGUGGAAAUGACUUAUUUGCAGUGGAUUAAAGAUGAGAACCAGCAAGAAGGCGACAUAGAAUUGAUUGAUGGAACCUAUAUUACUAUACCACAAGAUGGAGUUUAUGACAUAAAAUUUGUAGUACAACUUUAUUUUUCAGAAGAUACACCAGACUUUCAUUUAUUCCUAACUUUGUACACAAAGAAUGAAACAAAGAUUGAAUCUAAGAAAAAGACUUUAGAUUCCUCACAUAUAUCAAAACAUGAGAUAAUAGAAUUAUCAGUUACACGCAAAUUGAAAGCUAAUGACACAAUCUUUCUGAAGAUGAACAUGGUAAAAUUCAUCAGCCCUGACAAGCACACAAGCCACCUGUCUAUCACCGUUUUGAAAAUAAAUGAACCUCCAUAGAAUGUGAGUGACAGCACUCUCAUUUUAUUGAGGGUCAUUUAUUUUAACCCUUUCGUUACCAACCUGGCUCUAAGUACAAAUGUCUUGUUUUCAAAAGUUUUGAAUUAAAAUCUUCCACCAAACCUUAGUCCCAAUUUAUGUUCCUAACACUAGCUUAAUGAUAAUUAAGUUAUUGUACUAAAUUCUUUGUUGUAUUUAAAAUAAUUGAAAGAAAUACGGAACAUCUCAAAAUAAAUACAGUAACGAAAGGGUUAAUCCAAUUACCAUGAAAUACCACUGUGCAGUAAAUAAUGACAACGCUCGUUCAGUGCGAGUAUCUUCGUGUUCAAGGUUUUAUUCAGACACACGACAAAUGAAUGUAUACAGUGAGUAUACAGGAUUCAAUAAAGAUUUCUGGGAAGAAGAAAGGUUUUGAACAACUUGCCAUGUUCCAUGAUAACUUUGAGUUAUAGAAAUAAAUAGUCACGAGAUUUGCUUCCCACAAUACUAUGAUGAGCUACUGGUGGGAAAUUAGAUAUCGAAUUCAUGUGGCUGGCUCCCUUGUGGUUGCAGUGGAUCUUGAAUGUAUAAUGGGGAUCUUUCCUAACAGCAGUGACGUUUUUUUUUUGUUUUGUUUUUGUCAUCAAGUUUCUAAUACCUGAGGAAAUACCACAAUCAUCAUAUCGUUAAUGCAGAAACUUUGAGUUUUGUUUGUGAGUUUCUAUAACUGUACCAUGCAAUCAUCAUCAUCAUCAUCGUUUAACGUCCGCUUUCCGCGCUAGCACGGGUUGGACGGUUUGACCGGGUCUGGGAAGCCAGGGGCCGCUCCAGGCUCCAGUCUGAAUCUG